UCUUGGACUCGCAACAUCUUAACUGCCGAGAUGUGGCUUGAACUGCAGUAGCCACCGCAAACCAACCCGUCAGGAAGUUUCCGAUUGGAUUCGGGAGGCCAAUUGCAUCAGUCUUCUUCUGGCAAUGAGGCCUUCUCUAUGCAAUUUAUUCUCCCACUUAUACGGUAUCGUCCUGCGCCGCCAGCUCUCGCAGAUGACUGUUCAAAAUGUUGCAUUUUGCCUCUCCAUAUUCUCGUUGAUAGCUUUGACCUUUCGUUGGUUUUAGCGCAAGUUUCUUGAACUGCCUCAUCCCUCUUGCUCGUAACGUAGGCUCCAGGGAAACAACUGAUCGUCAUCCUGAGUUCCUUUGCCAGUUGUACCUUUCAAUGCCGCCGGUAUCUUCUUCCGUUUCGUUUAGCUCGCUUGAAUCUACGGAUCCUGGCGUCACUAAUGUUACCCACACGAAGAGGUCGAAUGUGGCUUUCUCUACAGCAGUGUUCAGCGCUCAGCCUGAGUGGUCCAUUUCUCGAUUCGCCUUAAAUAGCAUCUCACUUAACGGCGUUCAUUUCUCAAAUCCUCGGAUCAGUUCAUUCAGAUAGCCUUCUAUAAGCAGAUAUAGAUACUUGGAAUAUUCAGAGUCAGCAUUCAACCUCAUAGGUGAACGUGUGAUUGCCUUGUUCUAAAAAGAGCUCUGCGAAAAGCACACGCAUGCCGACUUGGAUCUAGAAAUACGUGCAUAGUAAUCUUCCCUCGUGUACACCUAAGCAAAGCUUCCGACUGACCACUCCUUGGAGUACAGGCGGUUAACGUACCCGCGAGAGGUCCUUACAUCAAUAUCAAGGCGCCUUGCAGCUUACUACGUCGGACUCUUCUUCCUGAACGCCGCGAUUUAAUUAUAUGAUUCACAGCAAUCGAAGAGGACGCCCGAGGAUGCAUCUAGGGCGGCUUACAAUAUUCUCUGUAUUGAUUUGGACGCCCUAGCCCCGAUGGACAUAUCGUGUAUGUGCCUUACGGGCUUUAUGCUUCUGCGGCAUGCAGGACUUGGUAAGGAAUCUAUCGGACCAACCGUCCCCUCCCCUCUUCUGCCAAGGAUGCUCGAUCGCCAACACAUCUCCGAUGACGGCUUUCUCUUCAAUUUGCAUGACGGUUACAGCAUGUCGACGACGUCCAUUCCUCUUAAUCAACAAGAGUUUCCUUCUUUUUGGGCUGAUUUUCCUCAGUAUCCGCAAAAGCGUGAGCACGGUCUCCCGCCAUCCCCUGGUUUUGGUUCAGCUGUUAUCAAUACCUCCUCCCCGUCCUCUUCGAUAUCCUCGUCAGACGAGAGCUCCACGAGGCUUCUGACACCUGACGUAACGUCUACACAGUCUUCCCCGUGGCCUUUCAUGAAAAAACAUUCACCAAUCUCAAGCGGACCACCAUCUCCCGGCACCCAUCCACCUUUUCUUCCUCCUUUCGCAAGAUACCCUAGCGUGACGGCCUCCAACUUCACCACACCUACACUAACGCCCAUGCACGCUUUCAAUGAUUCUUUGAGCCAACUUGAACGUAAGCGGGAGAUUUCGGAGCCUCAUUUGAAUACUAUGUCGGAUGGCAAUGUGUCGUCCGCGAAACGUCGGCGCAUAGCACCCGAAGCUAAGGGUCCUAGACCGUCGGGUGCAUGUACGAGGUGUAAACGUCUGAAGAUGAAAUGCACCUUCGCCGAUAAUGAUGCAGCUUGUUCGAGAUGCACGGCUGGUAAUCACGAAUGCAUUGUGCUUGGUCGUAAACCUAGGUCUCCUGGUAUGCGUGAAAUCCUGCAAAAGCAAAUUCGCGAGAAGGACGCUAUGAUCGACUCUUUGCUGUUCCAAGUUAAUCCGAAGCCGUCGUUGUCCACUCCUUUGACUAUCGUACCCUCCCGUCUUGCAUUGAGCGAUACGCAACGAAUCGUGUAUCGUGAUGUCCUGACAUGGUUUGAGAAAGCGCAGAGUGGCACCCGAGGAGAUGGGAGAGAGAAGAUCGAUGUUUCCGCUUUGGAGGACGGAUAUGAGGAAGGACUUGAUAGUGAUGAUGAGGUCAAUCAUGAUGCUUCCCAGGACACUGACGCUUGCGCUGCUGCUCUGGCUCGUCAGUUGCGAUUUCUUCCUGGUCCGUCUGCGCCAGCUGGGUUGCUAGUAUCUGCCGUGCUAGAUAGCACUCAAUCCGAAGAAGCUCCAUCGCUGUCAGCAGGCUCAGAGGAAGGAGAGGAAUUGCAAGACUUGAAGGUCGAACAAGGUAUUGGUAGCAAGUUAUAUUUCCAACCCGGUCCAUCAGCCAAUCUUGACUUACGCCGUCUCAUCAUCGAGCGUCAGGCUGCUCCUGAUAUUCUUUUGUCCGGUCUGGUCACAUAUGAUGACGCUAUCAUCUUGUUUCAACUUUACUUUAAAUGGGUCAAUCCCUUCAUACCCGUUCUUGACGAAAACAUUCACACUCCUGCUGCCGUUCUCGGCAGAUGCCCAUUUCUGUUCACCGUUGUGUGCGCAUUGGCAUCUCGCUAUUAUGACGAGAAACCGGAUAUGUAUAUGUUGGCCAUACAUAUCGCCAAAGCUGCUGCUGCCAGUGCGUUUCUGGACGGCUGGAAGACUAUCGAAAUGUGUCAGGCUUACAUCCUACUUGGCGCAUAUACUCCGCCGGCCCGUAAGUGGGAAGAGGAUCGGUAUUGGUUCUUUACUGGCCUUGCUUUUCGCCUUGCCAUUGAACUUAAUCUAAAUCGCCUGCCACGGGUCAAGCCUACCAAUGAACGUGAUGAACGAGAACUUCUCAACAGAACCCGCACUUGGAUCAUUUGCUACAUUAUGGACCGCUGCAUCUGUGUCAACCUUGGGAAACCCUUCAUGGUACCCGAAGACGACCUUAUUCGUAACGCCGCCGAAAAGUUUUUGGGUAGUGACUACCAACAUCCCGGCGACGGGUACCUAGUUUCCUUAGUAGAACUGCUGAGAAUCAUUACUCGCUUCUCUGAAACGGCAAACCCUACUCUCCAGGCCCGACAAGGUCUCAGUAUUGAUCUCGAUCUCGUCGCAAUGCACGGUGUCAUUGACGGUGAACUUUCUGCUUGGAAAAAGACCGCACUGGAACGUUGCGAUAAGGAGUUUGACAUAAGUGACCCGUCGAACGCCAUGCAGAUGGCAUUAAUGCAAUCUGUGUAUCAGUAUUGCCGACUGGUUGUACUGUCUACCGGUCUCCAGCAAGUGAUGAAGCGAAAAGCUCUCAAAGACGACGUCGUCUUUUUCACGGGCUGUUUGCAAUCGGCUUCUGCGGUGUUGAACCUCAUGAUGGAUGGGUUAAUACCUACUGGCUUUAUCCGCCACUGUCCAGAGCAAGUAUUCGCACUGACAGCAUUCGCUACUGUCAUUCUGCUGAAGUUCUUGCGACCGGAGUUUUCAGAGAAAAUCGACCGGCUACAAGAAGACCGGAUCAUUGAGCUGGUUCAGCGGCUUGUCAAUGUGCUUGAUUCACUUUCCGACAAAGACGCAGAGGAUGACCAACGCAUCACGAAGCGAUAUGCUAGAUUCAUACAGAACAUUCUCGGACCUCACAUCGCGGAGCUUCAACAAAGAAGCGGUUGCUCAUCCGAUUCCAAAGCCCAAAAGGAGGUAAAUCAACCUCUGGACACGAAUCAUGCACCGCAAGAGACGCAGGCCCCGUUGACACCAAUGCGUAACGAACACUUUCCCCAGUUUUCAUCGCAUUCUUCAGGUGAUACUUUAUCAUCAUCUACGGACUUACCUGGGAUUAUCAUUUCCAAUUCAUGGGAUGAAAUGUUCUUAAACGAUGUUACUUCAGGGCCCAUGCCACCCAUUUUAGGCUUUUCUGAUUCGGACUAUCUAGCAGCUAUGAUGUCGUUCCCUGACCAGUCAUGGCUUGUAUAAAUACCAUAUUAUGUAUCCAUGUACUUGACAAUUUAUUGCCUAUGGAUCAAUCACAUUGAGAUUGAGGGUUCUUUCAUUUUUCUCUGGGAAUAGAUUUUCUGGGACUUGGUUUCUAACAGACUCACUUGUCACUUAAUGUGAUAUCGUACAAUUGUAUUUAGCACAUGGGUAACGUUGUUCUUGUAACGUACAAAUGCAUGCUAAACAUC